AUAUUCAUAUAGUUCCCAGGAAACCUGGAAAGAUGAGCAAGUUGAAGGAAAUCAAACCGGUGGUACAUUGUGACCUGCACGUGCCUUCCAGGUGGCAAACUUUCCAGCCAACGUCCCGGCACGUCAAUGUUUUCACAAAUGGAAGACUAUUUAUCCCACCCGUAAAAAUUAUCAUACCCAAAUUCAGUCUGACGGAAUGGAAUAGCGUGCUGGCCAUGAUUGGGGAAAAAGUCUUCCCUCUAGGAGGCGUUCAAAAAUUAUUUACCAUGAAUGGACAUCUUCUGGACAACUCAAAGGAUCUGCAAGAUAACCACUUUUACGUGGCGGCAGGACCGGAGACCUUCAAAUAUUUCCCUUACUGGAAAUCCUCUAAGGUGCCCAGCGAGGUCCAACGAAAGUACGCGGACAUCGAGAAAUACUCAAGAGAAAAGAAAAAAGAGGAUUCCAAAGGAAAAGAAACGCAUAACUAUGACAGCAUUCCCCGUAAGGAACGGGAUUCUGUUUUUUACGCCAGAGCGGGGAAGAAGACAACGCUGGUGGAACCCUCAUUCCAAAGCGGUUCAGAAGGUGACGUGUUUAGAGCCCAGACUCCAAGCACGGAUACCCAGGAGGCGCCAGAAGUCAAAGAAGACAGCAGUUUGCAGGUGGAGGUGCCGGUGGACCAGACGCCGGCUGAGAUAGUCACGGAAGACGACGAGAUACGCGAUAACCCCUCUGAUUUCGAAAGCAUCGAGGAAAAAGAAGAUGAAGGGUCUUAUGAAGAUAAUGGAAGAAAGAAAAAGAACCAUAUGACAUUCUAGAGGGAAAAAACACACCUGUACUACGAGAAGCCCCAGUGAAAAUAGAAGACCAAAGACAACCACCAACGGGACAGCGAUCACGA